AUGCCCGAGCGGAGGCCGAACCGGCACGAAGGGGCCCAGGCGAGCCGAGCCGACGGCCUGGAGUCCGGAACCGAGGGCCGCCGAAGGGGCGCGAGCGCGGCGCGGGGCAUGCCGGGACGACGGGGCGGGGCCGGGGCCGGGGGCGGGGCGGGCAAGAUGGCGGCCGCGCGGCGAGGGAGCGCGUCCCCCGCGCCCGUAUCCUGCGCGGCGCCCCGUCCUCGGCGCCAGGACCCUUCCGGUUCCUUGGCCUUUGACCCCCGCCCCUUCCCCGAGUCCCAGGAGCGAGUGCCCGGCGCCGCGACUGGCGGGUCCAGUCGUCCUGCAGGUGCUGCUCUGCCUCGGCGGCACCUACGCCGCCCUGUACGUCCUGGCCACGCUCCUGCUGAUCGCCUACAAGAGCCAGGCCUUCAGUUACCCCCAGGAUCGCCUGGUGCUGGACCUGACUCUGCUGCUGCUGACCGCGGCCCUGGAGGCAGCCCGCUGGCACUGCGGAAAAGGCGGGAGAACGCACUCGGGACGGUUUUCGGGAGCCUGACCCUCUGUCCCACCCACUCAGCUGACCCAGAGGCCAGGGUGAGGUCAGAGCUGCGGGCGGUCCCCACCCUCCUGAGGACAAUGCCCCGUGAGUUUUGCUUUCCGACACUGAGCCCGGGGGUAGGCACUAAGGGCAACCUGACGGAGACCGAGCUGCCCCUGGCUGCCAGCCUGGUCCUCACUGUGGCCAGUUCCCUGCUGUCCGUCUACUUCCUGCUCUGGCAGACCCUGGUGCUGUGGGCGGACUCGGUCCUCAGUGCCACGCUCCUGGUGCUCCACGGCCUGGAGGCCACCCUGCAGGUGGUGGCCAUCGCUGCCUUCAUCAGCUAGACAGGCUCCUCGAGGCCCUGGACAGCCCGGGGCCUCCGGGGGCCCGCGGCCGAGCGAAGGCAUGUUCCUGCCGGGUGCUUGGGGGCAGGACCAGGGCAGAACCAAGUGUGGGUGAUGGGGCCGGGGCGGGCUGAGUCAGGGCCUGCCCUGGGACAGACCUCGGGUGGCAGUGGGCUUCCCCUGGCACCGCCCGGCCUGGCCGGCCCCUCGAGGUGUGCCAGGCCGCACACAUUUUCUCGCUGCGGCAGCAUUCCGCACAGGUCUGUGCUCCGUGGGGCCCACACGAGGGGAAACAGCGGGGGUGGCCCAGGCCGAGUCCCGGGUGGAAGAUGCUGGGAGCCGGUCAGCUCUGUGGGUGCCUGUGGGCCCCGCAGCUCCUGCCCCCGGGCCCUGGCUCAGCCGACACCGCUCUCCCGGCCCGGGUAGGUGACAGCCACCGCAGGGCUCAGGUGUCCUGGCCUUGGCCAUUAGAAGGCCAGUCACGUUUGCCCUGAGCGGGGCGGCUCCACGCCUGCUGUCAGCUGAUCCUCUAGUCACCCCUCCCGUGUCCCUCUGGAGCGUGUUUUGUUGGAAUAGCACGUUCCAGUGGGUGUGUAGUUUCUCCUCACUGUGUUUUUAAAAUAAAGAGUGUGUACACCUCC